GGAGCUCUUCUCCCCUCGCCUGCUCUGCUCCCCUUCCGGAUUCCUCUUCAGCAAUCUCACGCGAUCCCAAUAUUCCCCUCCUCCCCUUUCCGCGGUAAUAUCUGUUCUCUCCAUCCUCAUCUCGGAAUCCUUCGUCUCAUCCCGUUCGGAUCCCUCUCCUUGCGCCCUCUCAUAAGCAGCUUCCCCCCUGUUAAUGGAUUGCAGUAGCGUCUUCUCGGGUUCCGGUGCUUCGUCUCCUUCGCGCUGAUUUCCAUCGGCGACUCCAUCGAGCUGACUCCCGUCGGCGCCUCCUUGCUCAAAGGAUAGCAGGUCUGAGAGAAGUAGAAGCAAAGGUCCAAGACCAAUCAAAAUGUUUUACUCAGGAUAUGGUUACCAUGGGAAUAAUUUUGAGCAAACGUACCGCUGUUAUCCAGCAUCAUUUUUUGACAAGGUAUUCUAUUCUGUGGUAUCAAUUUCAUCUGCUCAUACCAUCAGUUUUACAUGCUGGGUUGGAUUUAACAAUAUUACUGAAUUUUAAUUUAUUUCUCCAGCCACAUCUGGAAGGUGGUGACAAAGUAAUAAUGCCGCCAUCUGCCCUAGAUCGUCUUGCUUCCCUGCAUAUUGAGUACCCAAUGCUAUUUGAGCUGCACAAUGGUGCCACUGAACGAAUUUCACAUUGUGGCGUGUUGGAGUUUGUAGCAGAGGAAGGCAUGAUCAUCAUGCCCUACUGGAUGAUGCAAAACAUGCUUCUUCAAGAGGGUGACAUGGUGCGUGUCAAGAAUGCUACCCUUCCCAAGGGUACAUAUGUGAAGCUGCAACCUCACACAACUGAUUUUCUGGACAUCUCAAAUCCCAAAGCCAUCUUGGAGAAAACUCUAAGAAAUUUCUCCUGUUUAACCACUGGCGACAGCAUAAUGGUAGCUUACAACAACAAACAGUACUACAUUGAUAUUGUUGAAGCAAAACCUGCUUCUGCAGUUAGCAUCAUUGAGACGGACUGUGAAGUUGACUUUGCACCUCCUCUUGACUACAAAGAACCUGAAAAACCACAGCAACCCAUAGUUCCUGCACGCAAGGCACUUGCUGAAGCUCAAGAUGCUAAUGUUGAAGAUGAACCAAAAUUCAAACCAUUUACCGGUUAUGGAAAGCGGUUGGAUGGUAAAGGCUCAAAACAACAAGCGCCUGAGGUCUCUUCCGCUGCACGUUCUGCACCAUCAGAUUCAAACAAAAGGGCAAGUCAGCAAACUGCAUCACCUUCAGGAGCUAGCACUUCCACCCGUCAGAAAACAGGAAAGCUUGUUUUUGGUUCAAGUGCAAGCAACAGCAAAGAAGCACAAUCGCAAAAGGAGCCUGUCAAAGGGAGUGAGCCGCCGAAGAAGGACGAGCCCAAGUUCAACGCGUUCAGUGGAAAGAGCUACUCCUUGAAGCGUUAGCUGCUAUUACUGCAGAUAACUUUUGGAAUCAAACAUGCUAUCCUGCCUGGAGUUUGCUGGUUACUGCUAUAACUGUAGCCAACUUCGUAUCUUCAAUUUCCAUACAUCUGGAUCAGUAGCAUGUAGAUAGAGAAUGAAGUGUAUAAAUGCUUAGCUUGAUGGAAAUCUAUUUAUUAAGUACAAGCAUUUCUCAACAAUUCGCUAUCACCUUUUAAAAGUCUUUGCUUGUUUUGUUCCAA